AUGGCCGAUCCCAAAUUUGUGGUUGGACGGACUUUUACUUGUAAGCAGAAGUUAUUCAUGAAGGCAUGCAAGAGCCAUGGAGUGGUUCACCAAAGGAAGAUAAAGUUCAGUAAAAAUGAUGGCAGAAGAGCUACAGCUUAUUGCAAAGAUUGUAGCUGGAAAGUUUCUACAGCCGUUAUGGCAGACGAAAAGACUUUUCAAGUCAAGAGCAUGCAAGGUGGCAAGCUUAUAGACCCAAAAAAAAAGGCAGAGAGUUUAGUUAAUGGUGAAUAUGAAGCCCAAUACAACAAACUAAGGAACUAUUGUAGGGAAAUAAAUCCUGGCUCAAAUGUUUUCAUGACAACUGUUGAAGAUGAUGAGAGAGAAGAUAGGUUUGAGAGGUUGUAUAUUUGUUUUAAUGCAUGCAAGACAGGCUUUUUAAGUGGUUGUAAGCCUGUUGUUGGAUUAGAUGGCUGCCAUCUUAGAGGGCCCCACAAGGGAGAGAAUUUGGGCACUUGCAAGAGCUCCUUACAAAAAUCUGUUCAAGGUUUUGAUGGAAGCUUGAAAGCAGUUGAUGAGGGUGCAUUUCAAUGGCUGCUUGACAACACAACACCGCAGCAAUGGUCUAGAGCUUACUUCAGAACCUCCCCUAAAUGUGACAUUUUAUUGAACAAUCUAUGUGAGAGUUUCAACUCCAGCAUUUUAGAAGCAAGGGAGUGGCCUAUACUAGGGGACUGGAAUUAUGAGGUGAGGUGCAUGUAUGGGGAUAGGUACAAUGUGAAUUUGGCUAGCAGAACUUGUAGUUGUAGAAGGUGGGAACUAAAUGGCAUUCCUUGUGCUCAUGCAAUGAGUGCUAUUGCUUUGAAAAAGGAGCCACCUCCGGAGAACUUUGUUAAUGAAUGCUACUCAAAAGAGGCUUACAUGAGGGCAUAUGGGCCUAUAAUAUAUCCUCUCAAUGGUGAGCAUUUGUGGAAAGAUUUGAAACAGGGGCCUGUCCUGCCACCUGAAAUCAUCAAGCUUCUUGGCCGGCCUAAGAAGGUAAAAAGAAGAGAACCAGAUGAGCCACCAGCUGCAACAACUUCUCAAGGACAAACAAAGAGACUAUCUAGAGUGGAUCUAAUGGAUUAUAAGUGUAGAAAGUGUAAACAAAAAGGCCACAAUAGUAGGAAGUGUCCAAGCAGUGAUGAUCAAGGGAAUGUCCAGCAACAAGCUGCUGCAGCUACAAGUAGCUCUCAGCCACAGCAGCAAACUCCUAAUACCAUCAAUCCUGGUGCAAACAAACAGUCCCAACCUCAGCAGUGCGAAACUGAUUACCAGCCUCAAAAUGCUACUCCUGGUGGAUACAAAUAG